GCACACGUUAUUUUUCCGCCAUCUAUGACAUGUGCAUACACGAACGUCCAUCACUUUCCGGUGGUAAAUACCGUGUAAACUCUAAAUAAUCAAACAUUUUGUUUCUUAUUUCAAAGUCUAUACGUUUCGAAAUCGAACUACUUACAAUGAAUAUGUAUCAGACACUUCAUGGAAGCUGACACUCUCAACCCUCAUAACUCUCUCAUUCCGCGUCGGUAUAUCCGUACCAAUAUAUAUAUAAAUAUCAGUAAGCGGCAUUUUAUGCAUCUAAUCAUAUUCCUUAUAUCUUUCUCUUAGAAUUUCUAUCGGUAAACUCAUUCUUUAAUUCGACAUUGAUGGACAAACAACAGCAAUACGAGCACGUGUUUGAUCAUUUUGAUGCAAAUGGAGACGGGAAAAUAUCGGCUUUGGAGUUGCAGCAGUGCGUUAACGUUGUUGGAUCAAUAGGCCGAGGAGGAGAGUUGUCGUUGGCAGACGCCGAGAUGGCCGUCUUUUUGAUUGACUCGGAUGGUGAUGGAUUGCUUUGUUUUGAGGAUUUCGUGAAAUUGGUGGAAUUUGGAGUUGGAGAAGAAGAGAAGACAAAUGAUUUAAAGGAGACGUUCAGGCUGUAUGAAAUGGAGGGGAGUGGGUGCAUUACACCCAAGAGUUUGAAGAGGAUGCUCAGUAGAUUAGGAGAGAUCAGAACCAUUGAGGCAUGUAGUGUUAUGAUUAAUCAUUUUGAUCUCAAUGGAGAUGGGGUGCUUAAUUUUGAUGAAUUUAAGGUUAUGAUGUCGCGUUAACCAUAAAUUCUUUCAUCAUUGUUUUAGGUUCUGUAUAUGUAUCAUCAUUCAUUCAUUGUAUUUGUAUUUAUUAGAAUUACACAUUCUUUCUCCUUUGGAUUUAAGAUUAUGUUCAUUCACUGCCUAUUUGUUGGACUGUUUCUGAGAGACUCAAAGGGAGAGCUAUAUGAAAUUCUUUUGCAAGAAAAAA